AAUCCUUGUACCCGCCACCUUGCAGCAGCCCAAUUCGCUAGAGUUGCACCCUAACCAGGAGCAAGGUUUCCCAAACUGUUGCUAGAUAAAAGGAGUCCGCGAUUGGAACAUAGUUAUCCUAAAUGCCAAACAGACCCUAUUGGAUUCAUCUCCUUUCGGCUUUCACUUCGUCUUCAUGAGCCCUCUCUCUCUCUCUCUCUAAAAGUUGAAGAUCAGAAUCCUGAUACAUCAGGUAACCCGAAACCCUAAAUAAUGUUCAACCAAUUCGGUGCUACGGCAGAGACACUGAGCAAAGCAACGACAAUGGUGUUUCGGAUCGGUACGGACGCUCACCUCUACGACGAUCCCGAUGACGUCAACAUCGCUCCACUCCUCGACAGCAAAUUCGACUCCGAGAAAUGCGAAGCUCUCAAGCGAUUGCUUGCUCUCAUCGCCCAGGGCUUCGACGUCUCCAAUUUCUUCCCUCAGGUUGUUAAAAAUGUGGCAUCUCAGUCACUGGAAGUAAAGAAGCUAGUUUACUUGUACCUACUGCAUUAUGCUGAAAAGCGUCCAAAUGAAGCAUUGCUAUCAAUUAAUUGCUUCCAGAAGGAUUUAGGAGAUCCAAAUCCAUUAGUUCGGGCAUGGGCUCUACGUGCCAUGGCAGGGAUCCGUCUCCAUGUAAUAGCACCUCUUGUUCUGGUGGCGGUGGGAAAGUGUGCUAGAGAUCCGUCUGUAUAUGUUAGAAAAUGUGCUGCCAAUGCUCUUCCCAAGUUGCACGAUUUACGUCUAGAGGAAAAUAGUGCAACAAUUGAAGAGAUUGUUGGGGUAUUGUUAAAUGAUAACUCUCCUGUUGUAGUUGGAGCGGCUUCUGCAGCAUUUGCUUCUGUUUGUCCAAAUAAUUUGUCUUUGAUCGGAAGAAAUUAUAAAAGGUUAUGCGAGACUCUAGUUGAUGCGGAAGAGUGGGGUCAGAUUGUCUUAAUCGGGAUACUUUUGCGCUAUUUAAUUGCCAGGCAUGGGCUUGUAAGAGAAUCCAUUAUGUUACCUUCCUGUUCUACCGAGAGUUCCCAUUCUGAAAAGGAUGGUUCAGAUACAAACUUUGCAUUAAAAGAAAAUACUGAUGACAUGGGCAGUGGGAUCUACGAGUCUGAAUUAAUUGAUAUGCUCUCCAGGAGUUACCUUGAAGGGCCAGAUAAAUAUUUAUCACGGUCAACCUACCCAGAUAGGAGUUAUUUUGGAUUUGAUUCUUCAUGUUGUACGUCUGCCAAAAGUAAUGAUGAUGUGAAGAUCCUGCUGCAGUGUACUUCGCCUUUAUUAUGGAGUCGCAAUAGUGCAGUGGUACUUGCUGCUGCUGGGGUACAUUGGAUUAUGGCACCAAGGGAGGAUGUCAAAAGAAUUGUUAAACCACUUCUGUUUGUCAUGAGAUCAUCUAUUCCCUCAAAAUAUGUGGUUCUUUGCAACAUUCAAGUAUUUGCAAAAGCAAUGCCUUCUCUCUUUGCUCCAUACUUCGAGGACUUCUUUAUAUGUUCUUCAGAUUCAUAUCAUAUAAAAGCUCUGAAACUCGAAAUUCUCUCUUCCAUUGCCACAGAUUCAUCAAUCUUGUCCAUUUUUCAAGAAUUCCAGGAUUAUAUUAGAGAUCCAGACAGGAGAUUUGCUGCUGAUACUGUUGCUGCGAUUGGGUUAUGUGCACAACGCCUUCCAGAAGUAGCAAACACAUGCUUGGAAGGGUUAUUGGCUCUGACUAGACAGGAAUUUAGCAGUGAUGUUGGGUCUGUGGAUGAAGAAGGGGGUGUUUUAAUUCAAGCAAUGAUAUCCAUCAAAACAAUCAUAAAGCUAGAUCCGCCUGAUCAUGAGAAGGUAAUUAUUCAGUUGGUUCGAAGUUUGGAAUCAAUCAAGUUGCCUGCAGCGCGCGCAAUGAUUAUUUGGAUGGUAGGCGAGUACAACUCUGUUGGGCCCAUUAUUCCAAGGAUGUUAACCACAGUACUUAAGUAUCUUGCAUGGUGCUUUGCUUCGGAAGCACUUGAAACAAAGCUACAGAUUCUUAAUACUGCUGUCAAGGUCCUGUUAUGUGCGGAAGGGGAAGAUCUGCAGACAUUUGGACGAAUCUUAAACUAUGUGCUUGAACUUGCCAAAUGUGACUCGAAUUAUGAUGUCCGUGACCGGGCUCGUAUAAUAAAGAAAUUAUUGUUGUGCUAUAUUGUCUCCCAUGAUUUGGAGGAAGAAGCAAAAUGUCUACCACAAAAAAAGGACCUGCCGCAUAUACUUGCAGAAUGCAUAUUUAGGCAACAAACCAAACCAACACCACCUGAACCCACUAAUUACCGUUUUUAUCUGCCUGCAUCUCUUUCACAAAUAGUUCUUCAUGCAGCUCCAGGUUAUGAACCUCUCCCAAUGCCUUGUAGUUUGGUUUACGAUGAGCUCAGUCACUACUGCUCUAGCGUUGUUCGACAAAUACCAGCAUCAGGGGAGGUAGCCACCAAUAGUGACUCAUAUGGUGGAAUAGAUGACCCUGACAAUGUAUCUGGAUCUUUGGAUGAUGAAAGCACUUCUGAUUAUAGUUCUCAAGAUUCUGUAACCGGCUCAAGUGGCAGUGGUGGUGGUAAUGAGGGUGUUGCUGCAAGCGCAGGUGAUUGCAAUACUGAUCCUUUGAUUCACUUUUCAGAUGUUGGUAAUGCUUAUAAAAAUCAGAAUGGAGGUUCAGUGGAGAAUAAUGCUCAUUGUGGCUCUGAUAAUUUUGGAGAAUUGAUGUCUAAUAGAACUUUAGAAUCUUGGCUGGAUGAGAGCCCUGGUUUGUUGAGUCAGAGUUCGUCUGAACUAAACCAUACCCAGCGAUCUUCUGCAAGAAUAUCUGUCGGGGAUAUUGGUUGUAGAGUUAAACCUAAAUCUUACACUCUCUUAGAACCUGCAAAUGGAAAUGGCUUGAGUGUGGAUUAUACAUUUUCAUCUGACAUUUCGAAUAUAUCUCCACUGCUUGUAUGUAUAGAAGUUUCCUUCAAGAACUGUUCCACCGAGCCUUUGUCAAAACUAUUAUUGCUGGAUGAGGAACCUAACAAAGUUCUAGAUUCUGCAGACCAAUCAUCAGGAACGACUGAGAGUCCCUUGCCAUCUCAGAGUGAUGUGCCAAAUCUAGUUCCAAUGGAAGAGAUAACUUCCCUGGAAGCUGGUCAGACCAUAAAAAGAAUUCUCCAGGUUCGCUUCCAUCACCAUCUGUUACCUCUAAAGCUGGUCUUGCGGUGCAAUGACAAGAAGCAUCCUGUAAAAUUGCGGCCUGACAUUGGAUAUUUUGUAAAACCUCUUCCAAUGGACAUGGAAGUGUUUGUGAACAAAGAAUCUCAGCUCCCUGGGAUGUUUGAAUAUACAAGGAGGUGUGUCUUCACUGAUCACAUUGAGGUACAGAACAAUGACCAGGGUGAUAGCUCACUGGUAAAAGACAAAUUUCUCGUAAUUUGCGAGUGCCUAGCACUAAAGAUGCUCAGUAAUGCGAAUCUCUUUCUCGUAUCUGUGGACAUGCCCGUUGGUACCGGCUUUGACGAUGCAUCAGGUUUGCGCCUCCGGUUUAGCAGUGAGAUAUUGAGUAACUCCAUCCCCUGCUUAAUUACUGUUAUUGUUGAAGGUAAGUGCUCUGAACCACUGAAUGUGUCGGUGAAAAUCAACUGUGAAGAAACCGUAUUUUGCUUGAAUCUGUUGAACAGGAUUGUGAAUUUCUUAAUCCAGCCUUCUCUCACCCACUUAUGAUCCGGGAAGGGUGACUGUUUAAUUACGAAAUUUGAGAGUGAAUUGUAAUUGUGGUUUCAUACGAGUGAAAAUGUCACGCAUGUAUAUAGUCUUAUUGUAUUAUUAUUUUUGGAUAAGAAUUGUCUUAUUGUAGCAUAGCUUUCCUUGGUGUUCAGGAUCGAAGUUCUCUUAUUUAGACAUCAUAGCUGCCUGGGAGGUGUAUUUUAACACAUUAUAGGCAAAUUUGGGAAUUUUUGUGAUGAGUAUUCUUGUAUUCGAACUUUGAAAUACUUAAUGGCAUUUGAAAUAAAAUUGAGUGGCAUUUUGAUGUGGA